CACUAGGUCACCGCCCUUGCCACGUCCUCCCUGGCGAAACCCCCUUUCCUUUUAAUGGUCCCCGGAGCGUAAAUUUCAAAACCUCUUCAUUCCCUAUUUUUUUGAGAGCACGAGGAUCCGAAACCCUAGCCCUAGCUUUGUUGUCCGCCACCGAUGGCUCGUACGAAGCAAACCGCUCGCAAGUCCACUGGCGGUAAAGCCCCCCGGAAGCAACUCGCCACAAAGGCGGCGAGGAAGUCGGCGCCGACCACCGGCGGUGUCAAGAAGCCCCACCGCUACCGCCCCGGCACCGUCGCCCUUCGUGAGAUUCGGAAAUACCAGAAGAGCACAGAGCUGCUGAUAAGGAAGCUGCCGUUCCAGAGGCUGGUUCGUGAGAUCGCGCAGGACUUCAAGACGGAUCUCAGGUUCCAGAGUCACGCCGUCUUGGCCCUCCAGGAGGCUGCCGAGGCUUAUCUCGUUGGGCUUUUCGAGGACACCAAUCUCUGCGCCAUCCAUGCCAAGCGCGUUACCAUUAUGCCUAAGGACAUCCAGCUCGCCCGCCGCAUCCGUGGAGAGCGUGCUUAGAUUGGCAACACCCCCCCGCCCGGGGUUCUU